AUGCCGUCGCCAAGCCACGGAAUUUGGAACAGGUGUCUUCUGGAGGCUUUGGCUGAGAAAGGCCACGAGGUCACUGCACUUACAGCGUACUUUGGUGAAAACGCGACUAAUAUUAGCGAGCAAUUCGCCGCAAUUCUGCCAAAAUUCAAAGCGCCUAUCGUUAUUUUGAACGCAUUUGCUGACGGUUUCUGGCAUUGGGACUUGUUAGGAGUGGAAAACUCGCCCGCCGUAUUUACGCAUCCCUUGAUGUCGUUCAGUUCACCCAUGAACUUCUUGGAACGAAUGCAGAACUUCGUCACCUUGUAUUACGAAAAGUAUAUUUACCAACAGUACUUAUUAAGGCAGCAAGCCCUCGCUGACAAAGUUUUCGGAGAAGCUGCUGGAAAAAUUCAAGACGCGAAGAACUUGUACGACCUCUUUUUAAUUAACUCGGGGCCGCCAGGCUUGGACCUAUCCAGAUCGCUUCCUCCGAACUACAAAGAAGUCGGUUGCAUUCAGUGCAGACCAAAUGACAGCAAUAAGUUGCAAAGGGAAGUGAAGGAAUUCUUAGACGGCGCGAAAGAUGGUUUUGUCUACUUUAGUCUAGGUACCAAUAUUAAAAGCAGCCUCUUACCUAAACACGUGAUGAAUGACAUUUUAAAAACUUUCGAUAAUUUAAAAUUAAAAGUUUUGUGGAAAUUUGAAAAUGACGACAUGCCCGGAAAACCAGUUAAUGUGAUGAUUAACAAAUGGCUCUCGCAACAGGACGUGAUUGGACAUAAAAAUUGCCGCCUCUUUAUAACUCACGGUGGUCGGCUGAGUAUUCAAGAAGCCGCUUACCACGGUGUGCCUUUGGUAAUAAUUCCUUUCUACAUUGAUCAACACAAAAACGGAGAAGUCGCGGCCAAAUCAGAAAUUGGAGUUACAAUUAAUUUCCUAGAAUUUUCACGCGAGCGCUUCGAAACAGCAAUUCGGAAAGUUCUCGACGACCCAAAAUUCAAACGAAAGGCACAGAAGCAAUCGGAAAUUGCCCAAGACACGAUGAGUACACCACUGGAAACGGCGGUCUUUUGGAUCGAAUACGUCGCCCGUCACAAGGGUGCUAAACACUUACGUCCUGCCAGUCUCGAGCUCAACUUUGUACAGCGGCAUUGCCUUGACGUGAUAGCGUUUCUAAUAGCAUCUGUUAUUUUACUCCUCUUUACAAUGAAGAUAAUGAUCGUUUAUUUUAUUAUU